GCCAUAAGGUCUUUUUGCAUGAGUGGGUGAAAAGAAUAAACAGGAUUUUCUAUCGGAAAUGAAAAAACCAAACAAAUCAAUGGUUGCAAUAUGACUCAGGGUACCAGGGACCGAUUUAAAUCCCUCCCGGACAUAGAAUGGCUGCCUCCCUAUUUCCUCACCCCAAGGACGGCCCCAGGGGGCAUCCAUCUAAAGAAAGUGGUGUUCCUUGGCUAUACUGACAUGGCUGCUGCAGGAAGUCGAGCCUUGUUUGGACUCAGUAUGGGCAAGGAGUACGAGAGUGUGGAUAUCAGAGGCCUGGAGUCUGUGGAGAUGGUGUGUAGAAGGGCGGAGCCUGAAGAGGCCACAGAGAGGAAACUGGAGGCGGUGCAGAUACUUCACUGUAAAUAUGAAGAGUUUACGUUGCUGAUUUUCAACUGCAUAAUACCAGCCUCUGUUUGUCACCAUGUUGCAGACAAAAUCCUCAGCCUUUGUAAAGAAAGUAAUGUGAAAAAGCUGGUGAUUCUGACUACACAGAAGAUUUUACAGUUGGAUGAGUUUGACGAUGACGUGAUGCCAAUAUAUGAAAAUGCUUUCAAUAGUGAUCCAGUCACAAAACACCAGCAAUUCCCUAAAGAUACAAAGAUUGUGGAUCCAUUUCUGUCCUCAUUGAUUCAGAUGAUACAAUUUGAUGAUCUACCUUGUCAUAUUUUCACAUCUCCCGGUCACAAGGCAACUCCUGGCCCAGCCAAUGACUAUGACGGAUCAUGCCAGGCGAUUUCUCAAUUUCACGCUGUGUUGAGAAAGUGGUCCAGACUACAUUUUGAUGAGAAAUUCAGCAAAUCUUUGAUCUACAGAGAGCCUGGAUCCGAUUCUGAUAUGAUGUAUGUUUAAAACCUGUGUGAUACUUCCAGCGGUCCUAAAGAUAAUUUCAGCUGAAACUGUUAAAUUUUUAGAAGAUGAAUACCGGUACUUUUAUAAGAAAAAUUAAUAAAUAUUGUAUCAUAAG